GGGGCGAGCGAGCGAGCGGGAGGGGGGCGAGCGAGCGAGCGGACGGAGUCGCUCUCACACCACCAAGAUGGCGGCAGGCCGAAAAUGCCUCUCAGCUAGAGUGGUCGCUUGAUGGCCGUGUACGUUCGUCCGUCCCGUUGGUCGCCGACAGGAUGCGGCGCCACUCUUUCUCGCUCUCUCUCUCUCUCUAGUACCGAGGCGCCGCGGGCCGCCCCCCAGCUUGUGUCGGGCCCCGCUCUGACGUUGUGGCUCUCAUCUCUUUGCCGUCUACCGCUCGUCGCUAGCCGCUAGCCAAGCCUUCGGUCGAUCGGGCAGCAAAACAAGGUGAGCCAGGCCGGCCAGCCAGCCAGUCAGCCAGUCAGUCAGCCAGCCAGCCAGUCAGUCAGCCAGCCAGCCAGCCAGCCAGCCAGCCAGCCAGCCAGCCAGCCAGCCAGCCAGCCAGCCAGCCAGAGCGGAAGCGAAGGCCUUUGGUCGGUCGGUCGGUCGCAGAUGCUAGCUGACGCCGGAGUGUUUCCCAUUUGUUGCCUGCCACAAGACAAGCAGCAGUCAGCAAUGCUCCUUCGCGGGGGUCGGUCGUGCCGGGCCGGGCCGUGCCGUGCCGGGCCGUUCUGUGCCCAGACCAGCCCGCGAUCUGUCAAAUCCGCGAUAGUGAAAUCGCCUUCUAGAUUAGAUUUUUUCCCUUAUUCCUUGACUCAAAAACAAUUGUAUACUCAAUUUAAUGAUCCUUGCUACGCUACAGGAUUUUAAAAAAAGUCAUUAUAUUGCAUAAUAGAGAAUUUUGACAGUCGUAAGACAGUCGUAAUCAUCUUCAAAUAAUAAAGCGGCCGGCCAACCGGCCGAGCCCCGCCUACCUCGCCCCACCCCGGGGUGCAAAGGUCGCACAGCUCGGCGCUCGCUUCCCCAGGCGUCAAGUGGCCCGCCCGUCUGUCGCAACUGUCUUGUCCGGCUCGGCGGUCCUGUCCAGCUCGGCCGGCCGGCCGACCGACGACGCGUUUGCGUGCGCCGCAAGCAUGGAGUGGUCCUGGCUGCAGACCGGAUGACGGGUCGCAGCACUUCCUGCCCGUGAACCUUGGGUGGCGAGGACGAGCGCAGACCGAGCCCCGCCCCGCUCGCCUCCCCGCCGUUGGCACUCAAGCGGCGUGGCCUCUGCCCGCCGGCUCGCCGUGGCCCAGAGAUGAGCUGGCUGGGCAGGUUGACGCCACGUGGCGCCCCCGCUGCCGCCCGCCCGGGGCGGGGCGCCGCCCCCCACGAGGUGCCCUCGUGCACCGCUGACCCUGAGACCUGCCUCAUGGUCUUUGAGAACCACUGGAGACAAUUGUGGCGCGUGCUGGAGCAGAGCCAGUCGUCGCGCUCCACAGACGACCUGAUAGCGGUGAGGAACCACACGGACCAGAUGUUCUGCCUCCUGGCCGAGGAGCGCCCCCCUCCAAGCGAGGGCGACCUAGGCGGCGAGGACCGAGACGGCGAGGGCCGAGGCGGCAGCGGGCCCAUCCUGCAGCUGGUGAUCCGCGAGCAGGUGCUGGAGCGCCUUCUCCUGUGGCACCUUGACCGCGGUCCCGACACAGACAGCCUGGGCGCGCUGCUCAAGCUCUUUGAGAUGCUGGUGGGCCAAUCGCGGCAAGCCUUGCUGCGCCGCCCGGCCGUCCUGCGCCCGCUGCUCAGGCUGGUCGGGGCUUGCGCGCCGCCAGACGGCGGCUGUCCCCCCGCGCUGGAGAACGGCCUGGUGCUGCUCCUCAAUCAGGUGUGCGCGUGGGUGGCGCGCGAGCCGGCGCUUCUGGAGACCUUGCUGCGGGCGGCCCCGGCGCCGCGGGGCUCGGGCGACCUGCCCGUCCUCUCGCUGCUGGUGCCCUUCAUCCACCGCGAGGGCGCGGUGGGCCAGCAGGCCCGCGACGCAUUGCUGCUGGUCAUGGCCGCCUCCGCCUCGGACCGUGCCGUGGCGCGUUACAUUGCGCACAACUCCUACUUCUGCCCCGUGCUGGCGACGGGCCUGAGCGCGCUCUACUCGUCGCUGCCCCGCAAGAUGGAGGCGCGCGGUGACGACUGGCACGCCCUGCGGCGCGAGGACUGGACGGCCGUGUCCUCGCUGGUGGUCUUCAUGAACUCGCUGGAGUUCUGCAACGCGGUGGUGCAGGUGGCCCACCCCGCCGUGCGCUCGCAGCUGCUGGACUACCUGCACAAUGGCUUUCUGGUGCCGGUGGUGGCGCCGGCCCUGUACAAGUCGUCGGUGGACGAGAUGAUCGCCAGCACGGCUUACCUGGACCUGUUCCUGCGCAGUGUGAGCGAGACGCCCCUGCUCAAGACCUUCCUGCGCUUCAUCCUGCUGCAUCGCCUGGACAACGACUCCAUUCUGGACACGCUGCUCGCGCGCAUCGCCAGCAACUCCAGGCUCUGCAUGGUAUCCCUGAGCCUCUUCCGCACUCUGGUGUCCUUGAACUGCGAGGACAUCAUGCUGCAGCUGGUCCUCAGGUACCUGCUCCCGUGCAGCCACGUCAUGCUGAGUCAGCGGCGCGCCAUCCGGGAGACCGACAUGUACGGCAAGUGCGCCGACAAGUUCCUGUCGCUCAUCCCCGAGUGCUGCCGGACGGCCGUGCAGGAAGAGGAUCCUCCCAAAAUGGCCCACGAUGCGGGCGGGGACUCCGGCGGCGGCGGCGGCGGCACGCCGACCAGACCUAGCACGCCGUCCCGGCUGACCUUUUUCAUCCGCCAGCAGAGCAGCGCCUCGGGGGGGCCUCCCGGUCCCGCCGACUACGAGCGGUCCGCCCCCGACAGCCCUGCACGCGGGCCGCGGCCCACCGUCGCGGCUUUAGAUCGGGGCUACCUGGACUACCUGAAGGACGCCCGACGAGGCGUCGAGCUUUGUUCCUGGGCCUGCCGGGACUGGUCGGCGCCCUACGACGGCGAGAACCCCUGUGCCGGCGCCUCGCCCCCGCCCUUGCUGGCCGCUGCCGCGUACCCCGAGCGCCGCUCGGCGCGGUCCGAAUGGAGCGGCUCGGAGCACGACAGCGGCGAGUGGGAGGUCACCAUCGGCCAAAAUAACUGCAUCAGCCUCACGCCGCGCUCCAAGAAGCGCGGUUUUCAACGCCGACAGCCGCUUGCCAAACCCGUUCCUCCGCACCUCGGCCCCGCCGCGCCUUUCGCCGCGCCUUUCGCCGCUUCCCCACCGGCGCCAGACAACUCCCGCGAAGCCUUGCUCAACGGCGCGGCGGAGCCGAGCGAGCCCCGCCCGGAUGGGGACAGAGAGCUGGAGGCCAAGAAGGUGAAGCGAGACUCAGAGCAGCGCGACGACCCCCAACAAAAUGACGCCUCCGGCCAGCCCUCGGUGGAAAGCCUCAUCCGGGAGCUUCUGGAAAACUCUCCCGACGACGGGGAGGCCUUCGGCGGGGAGCUGCAAGAGCCGGAGCGGCGCGUGGACCCGGAGGGGAAAAGGCCGGCUCCCGACGACACGGGAGAAAGUUCCCACGGGGUGCUCUGUAGUCCCGCUAGACCUCUGGCUCAGGGCUCCUGUCAGCCGUACACAGGUCCGCUGAUGGCGGCGCUGCUGGCCAAGAUGGAGAACAUGCCGCACAACUCGUUGUACGUCAACAUCCUGCUGACGGGCGUGGUGGCGCGGCUGGCCUGCUACCCCCAACCGCUGCUGCGCUCCUUCCUGCUCAACACCAACAUGGUCUUCCAGCCCAGCGUCAAGUCUCUCGUCCAGGUCCUGGGUUCCGUCAAGAGCCGUAUCGAGGCCUUCGCCGCCUCCCGCGAGGACUUCCCCGCCAUGCUGAGGAAGGCGCAGCAGUACCUGGUGGCGCGCGGGAAGUUGGACCGCAGCGAGCUGCCCGGCGCCGUCCCCCCCCUCUGCCGCUCGGAUUCGCUAGUCAAGAGUCGCAAGUCGUCCCUGAGCGACCUGAUCCUCCGCCACACCAACAGCCCCGCUCGAAGCCGCAGCGCCGCCCAGAUGGCCCUGGCCCACGUGCGAGUGGGCGGCCAGACACUGCACAGCGCUCUGUUUGGCAGCGGCGUGUCCAAUCUGGAGAAGCAGGCGGAGGCGCUGCGCGUGAAGAACGCCGUCUACUGCGCCGUCAUCUUCUGCGAGUUCCUCAAGGAGCUGGCCGCCCUGGCCCAGGAGCACGCCGUCGCACUGCCCUUCGCCGCCACCGAGGAGUAGCCCGAGGGGGCCGGCCCACGUGGAGGAGGAGGAGGAGCGGCGGCGGCGCCGGCGGCGGCGAGACGUUGGGACGAGGGAUUGCCAUCGAUGCGGAUGGACCUAGCUGCAACCAGGGCCAGUCGCUCGCCAACACUUUUUGGUGCUAACUGCCAACAAGGCACAUUCGUGACCUUUGCGUCACCCAACAAACACCUUUUCAUGUUGACAAUGGACAAAGGGAAGACGAGCUUUUGGGCCAUUCACGUUUGUGCUCCUUCACACACACACACACACACACUAUGCACACUAUGCACACGGACGAUGAGCAACUCAAAGGGAUUUUAGUUUGGACGCUGCGCUUGUCUCGUCGUCCUUUAUUGCCGCCAAGUGCGAUCGGUCCAGUCCGCUCACUCCCUCUCCUUGUCCCCCGCCUCUGCGCCAGCCACGUUUGACUUUGUUCACCCGAUCAAAAGUUUCUUCCAUUUUGCAACUAUGCAAAAAGGUGGAGACAGUCAGGUGGACGUGGACGUAUUGGAAGAAAAGAAAAAGGCAAAUGGUUUAGCAUAUUUUUGUAUGAUUGGCAGUGCACGUGUGUGAGGCUGCGAAACAAUCUGUCAGCAAAAGACUAAAGGGAAUGUUUUUAUUAAUUUAUAAAGUUUGCAACAGGC